GCCACCACACAGGACCCGGAGCAGAGGAUCAUCUGGCCGAGGAGAAGAUCAUUCAGUGACCUGGACACAGAAAGACGAACCAUCCGUCCAGCGUUUUGAGCAUGAACCACUUAUCCCUCAGCGAGCUAUGUUGCCUGUUCUGCUGUCCGCCGUGCCCCAGCAAGAUUGCCUCCAAACUGGCCUUCCUGCCUCCAGAGCCCACCUACAGCCUCAUGUCCGAUGACAGUGGCAGCCGUUGGACCCUGCACCUCUCCGAGCGCGCCGACUGGCAGUACUCGUCCCGCGAGAAGGACGCCAUCGAGUGUUUCAUGACUCGCACAACAAGAGGGAACCGCAUUGCCUGUAUGUUUGUCCGCUGCUCACCCAGCGCUCAGUAUACUCUAUUAUUCUCCCACGGAAACGCAGUGGACUUGGGCCAGAUGAGCAGCUUCUACAUUGGCCUGGGUUCACGGAUCAACUGCAACGUCUUCUCCUACGACUACUCAGGUUACGGGGCGAGUUCUGGGAAACCCUCAGAGAAGAACCUGUACGCUGAUGUAGAUGCCGCCUGGCAGGCACUCCGGUCACGGUAUGGCAUCCGUCCAGAGAACGUGAUCGUGUACGGCCAGAGCAUCGGCACCGUGCCGUCUGUGGACCUGGCUUCUCGCUAUGAGAGCGCUGCAGUCAUCCUCCACUCCCCGCUCACCUCUGGCAUGAGAGUGGCCUUCCCCGACACCAAGAAGACCUACUGCUUUGACGCCUUUCCAAACAUCGACAAGAUUUCCAAGGUGACGUCACCGGUGCUGGUGAUCCACGGUACGGAGGACGAGGUCAUUGACUUCUCCCACGGCCUGGCGCUGUACGAACGCUGUCAGCGCCCCGUGGAGCCGCUCUGGGUGGAGGGGGCGGGACACAACGACGUAGAGCUCUACGGACAGUACCUGGAGAGACUCAAACAGUUCGUUGCACAUGAGCUGGUCAACUUGUAGAGAAGCUGGAAAAAAGGGUGGAGAGGGAAGAAGAGAAGACAGCAACGGCUCUCAAGAGGGGUUGGAUGAUGGAGAAGGGGUACAACUUAUCCUUUUUUUUUUGUGAAGUGAUGCAGGUAAAAGUGGUGUUUGUCUGUGUAGUCCUGAAGUGUUGGCAGUCUCCUCUCAGCUCCAGUCAGUACCGUCAACUCCACAUGCUGCAGCUGUGAACUUACAAGUAACCAUCAUUUUGUUUUUGCGUUAGGAUUUUAUUUUUUAUUAUGUUGAAAAUUGCACAUUGUGAAAGUGCUGUAUGAAAGAAGUAGACAUGUGCACAGACAACAUACCAUGUGUGUAUAGGUGCAGCAUAUAAGAGAGAGAGAGAGAGAGAGAGAGAGUGUGUGUGUGUGUCACAUUUUUGCUGCCUUUGGAGAAGGACGUGGUCCACUGUUCUUAACGGAGACGUUCUUCAGGCUUUCAAGGUCCUGGAAGAACAGCUCUGCUACAAACUGGACUGGAUCAGAAGUGGACCAGACUCUCUAAUCCAACUGAACUCCAUCUGACUUUGAGGUCAGGUUCGGUCCUGCACUCUGCAGUCACCAUUCAUUUCUUCUUUUUUUUUUUUUUUUUUUUUUUUUUUUUUUUUUUUUUUGAUUACUGUUUAUUAUAUUUUUUAUAUUAUACAUGGUAUUUUGCACGUAUCAGCUGUCACUGAAGAACUGUACAAGACAAACUGACGUAAUCUAGCUGGGCCAGUGUUGCCAAAUACUUAGUACAGUAUAUAGCAGAGAGUCGGACACACACAGAACUUUGUACAAAACACAUUUAGAAACGCCUCCAAAGCUCUGUAAGCUGUAUUCAGUCUCUACUUCUCCGUUUAGUCUUUAAAUGGUACAAUCUCAUCCUAGCUCAUGUAGCCAGUUAGAAGGCUGGGGCUGUUUUUGGUUCACCAAUAAAGUGUGGGUAGCUUCCUCACUCUUUCUUUUGAAAAUGUUACCUCUGUUUUACUUCAAGGUUUACUCAGAAGUAUUGUCUCUGAAAGAUAAGUACAUACAGACAUGAGCUGGAUGUUGUCAGAGCAAUGCAAUGCUGAGCAGUUUAUUCCCCCCCCUGGAAAAGACAAAGUAUUGGCCUUGAUAAAGUAACUUUUAUGAAACCCUGUGUUGAGGUUUUUUCUAUAAGUUAAAUAAUGUACCUAGUUAUUAUAACAGAUCUCACUUCAAUGUAACUGAACCAGAUCUUUCUAGAUGUUUUGUUUUUUUCUUUCUAUGAUAACUAUGUCGACUACUGAGACAGCAGCUUACGGCCUGUGCUCUGAUCAAGACUUAAACCACUAAUGCCAACCAGGACUGAAUGGUGAACGUUAUUUACACAGCUGGUGUUGACUCCUUUUCAGUUCAGAAAGUUGUUUAAAAAAUGAAACUGUUGUUUUCCAAGUUAUUGAGAAGCAUUGACAUCAUUUGAGCUUAAAAAUGAAUAGACAAUGGCUUAUAUCAGCGUAAGUGGCUCAGCAUUUAAGCCCUGCAUCGUGGACAGAAUGGUUUGUUUUUGUCUUAACUUUAUCUUUAUGUCUGCAUGGUUUUUCUGGAUCCAUUGCUGUCUGUUGAUUUGCCCUUUUAAUGUCGAGUGAAACGGCUGAUUAUCUCCAUUAAGGCCCUGAAAAGCAGAUGUCAAAGUGCUGCCGCAUGCCAUGAAUGGAUAGUUUCUGUUGUUUUUGAUUUUUUAUAACGAACUCAGAAUUGCAUAAUAAAUCAAAAUGAGUCAUUUUCUUAUGGGUAUCUUUUUGAUACCUGUGUUUAGCCUGUGUUCACAAAAGGGGUCAAAUACUGGCAAGAGACAUUUAACCAAUAAGUCAACAGGUGCUACUGUAAACCUUCAGGUCUGAUCACUUAGAGGUUGAGAGGAAGUUUGAUGUUUGUCAGAUUGACCAAAAUCCAGAUCAGGAUUGGUAACUGUGCUUUGUCAGGUGAUUGUUUGUUGUUAUGAAAUCUACUUCUUUUCACAACUCAUUUUGUCAUAUAAACAAGGUUAUGCUUUCUAUCAUUUUCACUUUGUAAAUAAUAUUUGUAAUAUGUCUUUUUUUUUUUCUUGUUUCUUUCGCAAGCUUUUGUCAUCACUCAACUGUCCUUAUUCUUACUUCUCUAACUCUUGAUAUGACAACUGUUAGACCAAGGUGGGCCAUCAUUUUGGCUCUCAGAUGAUCUUUGUACUGGUCAUUUUGACUAAUGUCAUCUCUGAUUUGAUUAGAUUAAUUUUGUAUAUCAUAUUUCAAUACGAAAGAAACUUGUAUGUAAUAACAAUAUUAAUAAAGUAAUUCUAACAUGAAUAGAGAAAAUAAAAUGGUAUUUAAGAAGCAACACAAUCUGUGAC